CGCGGCGCUCGCGCUCGGGCUCGGAGCAGGCUCGGAGGGGCGCGUGUGAGGCGGGGGCGGCGUGUCGCGCGGGCUGCGGCGUCGUCUCGGCCGCGGCUGACCCCGGUUCGAUUCCUCCGCCCCUCUCGGAGAGCCCGGCAAGCUACCGAGAGUAUCUCGCCCACACGGCAGAGCCUGGCAAUCUACCCGUGGCGUAUUGGAUAUGCCAAACACAGUCACAACAAGUCUCACAAUGGAGACGUUACUGGUGCCCGCUCGAGCAAAUCGAUGAGCAACGGGAUGAUACAGUGAUACAGUGCUAUGCCUUGCUAAGAUUGUUGUUUUACCUCAGGUAUCUCUGGCACGUUCCCAUGGAGACUGCAGGACCGGCAGCCGAGGCUUCUGAGGGAUCCUUGUUUUUCUCCUCACCAGAGGAGCCAGAGGAGGAGGUGGAGGCAGAGAAGGCCACCGAGCCAGCAGCUGAGGCGGAGGCGGAGGCGGGUGCGGCUCUCAACCCCCUCCUGCGGCCCGUCCUCACAGGCGAUGUGGAAAGCCUGCAGGAGAUCUUCGAGGACCCCGAGCACCCGCAGCACGAGCAGGCCAUGCAGUUCCUCCUGGCCGAGGACGUGGUGGGCAGAAACCUGCUGUACGCAGCCUGCAUGGCCGGGCAGAGCGACGUGAUCAGGGCUCUGGCCAAGUACGGCGUGAAUCUGAAUGAGAAGACCACCAGAGGUUAUACUCUCUUACACUGUGCUGCGGCCUGGGGGCGCCUGGAGACCCUGAAAGCCCUGGUGGAGUUGGAUGCUGACAUAGAAGCUCUGAAUUACAGGGAAGAAAGUGCUCGCGACGUGGCGGCUCGGUACUCGCAGACCGAGUGUGUGGAAUUCCUGGAGUGGGCAGAUGCCAGGCUGACUCUGAAAAGGUACAUCACCAAGGUCUUUGCUGGAGUGACAGACACAGAGAAGGGACAGCUGAAGCUCUUCAAAGAAGACAAGAACACGAUCCUCAACGCGUGCCGGCUGAAAAGCGAGUGGCUGGACACGCACCUGCAGGCGUCCAUCAAGGAGAUCUACGAACAGAAGCAGCAUCUGGAGGACAUCGUGACUCCCAUCUACACUAAAAUGAGCCAAGCCCGUCAAGUGAGAAGUGCCAAGUCUGUGAUUUAAGGCAUGGUCAGGAAGGAGGUCCCCGAUCGUCCCUUCUGCCAGGCACGCUUUUUACAUACAGAGCCACGUUUCCCUGUGGCAUUGCUAAAGCAAACCUACAUAUGCCUGUGGAGUGGAGAAACUAAGUGUGAUUUUUCAUUAAACGACGGAGUAUGACGAGACUUGGUCUUGCUGCCCUGCCCCGUGAGAUCGCCUCACCCAGGUCCGCCCCCCUCGUAUACACUGUGCCGCCCCCGUGCACCUUCCCAGGGGUCACUCACAGACACUCUCUGGCAGCUUUCCACGCGAUUUAGAGCAUCUGAACCAAUCGCUGGGGAACUGAAGCGGGGGGUUCUAUUCCCCCGAGGAAUUCUGUCAUUCUGCAAGAGGCGGCUGUGUGUUUCCAGAAGGAGCGCAAAGGCAAGACAUUCUGGAGCCAGGGGAAAUCCUAGAUCCAUUAGAUGGAAGCCGCUGCUUUGACAACGAUGACUUUGUUUUCCCAAGUUAACUUGACCGGUACAGGGGAGUUCGGGGACCACACAGCCCAACUUGGGUCUCCCUAGCACUGCUGGGCUGAGCCCUGGAGGCCCCCGGUGUGCUGGGGUGGCUCUGGUACCUUCCACAGGCCCUCACCUUGAAAUCACAGCCCACUUCCCAACAGGCCACGUGUUGCUGGGAGCAGUCCCCAAGCCCCCCUUAGCCCCACUCUGGAGAUCCCCUCCUCCUAAAGCGUGUUCUUACCUCCAGGUGGGGUGUAGUCCCUGAGUGAAACUUAUUCUUUCUUUCUUUGUUUUGUUUUGGGUUUGGGGCUACUCUUGGUGGUGCUCAGGGCUGACUUCUGGCUCUGCACUCAAGAAUCACCCCUGGCGGUGCUCAGGGGACCAUAUAGGGUGCCCAGGAUUGGACCUGGGUUGAGCAUGUGCAAGGCAAGUGCCCUCUCCGCUAUCCUGUCUCUCCAGCCCCUUCUUUCUUGAGGGACUAUCUUUCACCUUGAAGGCCAUUAUGGUUAUUUGUCUUGUGUUUCCUGUCCUGCAGAGGAGGCCAUAGAAACUUGAUUGUUGGGCUGCGGUAUCUCCCCUCAGGUCAGCAGGCACUAUGGACUCUUCAGGCUGACACCUGGUGGCUUUUUGCUAGUUGCUUUGGAGUGUUUUUUGUUUUUUUUUUUCAGGUUUAUCUGCUCAAGCCCCGGAAUAUUCUAUGACUCUGAUUUUCUAGAACAAUUUUCUAGAGCAAUUUUCUAAAAUGAAAAAAUCUUCACAUUUGUUCACUGUUCUCAUGACUUUCUCUGCGUUCCACCUACGAACUAAUCUCAUUAUAGAGGGGAAGGGGGAGAAAAAAAAUCCUGUAAGUUCCUGUUAUUUUCCUUACCACAGUUCAGAGAUAACACUUUUGAAACGUAGAUUUUUUAAGUCUUGAGAUCUCGUCAUGUGGAAUCAAUUCUCUUUGAGUCGCCUUAAGCAAAAUAACAGCAAUAACCCCCUCCCCCACCCCGCACAUCCCCCCUUGCUGGUGAGCAUAGCUAGUGAUGAUGGGUGUAAGAGACCACCACUGAGCUCCCCUUCCUCCAGUCAACGGCCCUGUCAGGAGGCCUGUGUCCUAGACACUGCCGUACUGUGGGAAGAUUCACUGUCACUGUCACUGUCAUCCCGUUGCUCAUCGAUUUGUUCGAGCGGGCACCAGUAACAUCUCUCAUUGAGAGACUUAUUGUUACUGUUUUUGGCAUAUACAAUACGCACGGGGAGCUUGCCAGGCUCUGCCGUGGGAAGAUUCAGGGGCCACAGUUAGGGUUUCUAUCUAAUUCUCCAUUUGCUUUUUGGACGUUGGUCUUGAAUGUGACGUUCCUUUGAGGCAUGCAGCCCUGCUCAGACUUAGAUUAUGCUGAUGGAUUUGCAUGCAAGGGGGCCAUUGCUGGGCAAAGGAUGGAAACGAGGUGCCUGGUGACAAGCUUAGAAUCACCUACAGUAGAUGUUGAGGUAUGUCUGUGCAUCUGAAAUCGAUAUACUGCUAGAGACCAGCUUAACUUCAGUUAGGAGAGAGUUAUUUGCUCUCACUUUCGUUUAAAAAGAGACUUGAAGGGGCUGGAGCGAUAGCACAUCGGGGAGGGCGUUUGCCUUGCACGCGGCCGACCCAGGUUCGAUUCCCAGCAUCCCAUAGGGUCCCCUGAGCACCGCCAGGGAUAAUUCCUGAGUGCAGAGCCAGGAGUAAACCCUGAGCAUCGCCAGGUGUGACCCAAAAAGCAAAAAAAAAAAAAAAAAAAAAAAAGAGACUUUAACACCAGAAAUGAAGGGAAAAGAUUCAUUUACCUUGGUAUUGGAUGAUAAAUUUUAUUAUAGACUUUAAAUAUCACAUUUUUCUCAUUUUCCCAUCUACAACGGAACUUUUAUCAUGCAUCUGGACUGGCCCGUGGUCCCGCCAUGGAGACUUGCCUGCGGGUCAACAAAGAGGCCUGGGCUCCCCCUGCAAGGUUGGACCUCCUCUGCAUCCCGGGACAGCCUCAGCUCCGUCCCUCCUGCUCCCCCCACAGUGGGCCAGGGGGCUCUGCUUGCCCCUCACAUGGACCACGGUGGAAGAGUCCCCUGCAGUGUCCUUGCAGAAGAAAAGUCUCGAAGGAUAAACCUGUCUCGAUGCUGCUCUUGCACCCUUGUGUUCUUGGAAGCCGGCCCUUGGAGAGAUUCCACCCGGCAGGUCUAAGGCGCUGCCCACAUGGGGCAUCUUCCCUUAGCAGCAUUAGGGUGGCACCAUCUUGGAUGCCAGUCCUCUAGUCACGAUGCCACGGGAAGCAGACUCAGCCUCCUUUGUACAGUCCUGCCAAAAUCGCGGUUUCUGCUCAAUAAAUA